CAGGACUCGAAUAGCAUACCAUACAGCAGUGCUCCUAUUAGACAAUUUGCAAGUAACGUCUGUUGUAUUUUACCAAAAUGGCCUCUGGUUCUACUCGGAAUCUAGAGCAGAUUGUGAGAGACGGAUUGAGCACGCUCGUGUUUGCUUUUGGUUACAAGGUUGGGAUAAUUGACGCCUUCAUUGAAAUCAAACAGCCAUGUACAGCCGAGGAACUCAGUCAAAAAUCAGGCCAAAAGUUAAGGUACACUCAAGAAUGGCUUGGCAGCAUGAUCGCUGCAGGAAUUGUCAAACUUCACGAAGACGGCAAAUACUCCCUUCCAUUCGAGGAAUCCAAGUUGAAUCAUUGGGGCAUUGUCGCCAAAGCGCUUCCAGUAUUAAGUGAGAUGUUUCCUAAGCUGGAGGAAGUCUUUUCAAAAGAUGGACCAAGGGGAUAUGGAUAUUAUGAGCCAGUUCUUGCCUGGCUGGAUACACACCGCACACCAACAGCUCUUCGUCACUGGAACCAGGAUCUACUGAUUCCUGCCAUAGGACUUAAACAAGGGACCAAUUUUACACUGCUGGAUAUUGGUUGUGGUUACGGAAAGCAUACAAGAGAAGUGGCCAAACUGUUCCCUAACUGUACGAUUUACGGUAUCGACUCGGAUAAAGUCUCCAUUGAUCAAGCAAUCAAAGAACUCGAAGAAAGUGGUUGGAAGAACAUCAUCUAUAGCCAUAUGAAAGGGGGACAACUCCCAGAGGAUUGGACUGAAAAAUUUGAUUUCGUUUUAAUUAACGAUGUACUUCACGAUUCACACGACGGUGAUGGAAUUCUCAAAGAGACGAAGCGAGUCCUUAAACCAGAUGGUUAUGGAAUGGCAUAUGAUCCUCCUGUAAGCUCAUAUCCAGAAAAGCAAGUCGGGGAUUUAACGGCCCAGCUUUACCUUCCUUUUAGUCUCUUUCAGUGUCUUCCGGUCAGUUUAUCCGGUCCACUGGGAGAGGGACGUGGUAUCGGUUGGGGAUACGAACGCAAGAAGCAGGAAAUAGAAAAACACGGGUUUCGGGUUAUCAAAGUUGGCAAAGAGGAUAUUGAUACAGUGCAAGAAGGCAUUGUUUUUAUGAAAGAGAAUUAAUAUUCAAUCAUUUUUAAAGAACAGUUUUUCUGCACUUGUAGAGAACUCUACCAAAAUUCAUCUCGGAUCUUUUAUUGUAUUUAAUUAUGAUGUUACAUGUAAUUAUGACCUCAUAACACCAUUUAUCAUGUAUACUUUUUAAUUGAUUAUAAAAUCUUCCCGUUACAUUUUGUGAAUUGACUAACAAGUAAACUAACAAAUCUUUUAUUAUAACAAUGUUUGCAUUUACUAAUACUAUUUUUCUGUGAAUACACUACAAAAUAAAACUAAAUAAACA